CCUCGGUGUGGCGCAAGAGACUUGACUCGCAGCUUCUAGUUGGGACUCUAUCUACACUUGAGACAUCUCUGUACAUGGGGUUAAAGACGAAGCAUGGAUCAAAUUCAAGAAAAAACAAGCAAGGAGGUCGAUAUUUAUCGUGACACAUGGGUCCGCUUCUUAGGCUAUGCCAACGAGGUGGGAGAGGCAUUCCGUGCCCUGGUGCCAGUGAGUGCUGUAUGGGCCACAUAUGCAGUUGCCACCGUGUAUGUUUCCGCUGAUGCUGUGGACAAGGGGAAGAAGGCUGCCGUGGAGCAUGGUGACAACCCAGGGAAGACAACCAAGGUGGCUGUAGCAGUGGUGGAUACGUUUGUAUGGCAGGCCCUGGCCUCGGUCGCUAUCCCAGGCUUCACCAUCAACCGUGUGUGUGCCGCCUCUCUUUACCUCUUGGGCAGAACCACGCGCCUGCCUCUCUCCGUACGCAAGUGGACCACCACUGCCAUCGGCCUCUCCACCAUCCCCUUCAUCAUCCACCCCAUCGACAGGGGAGUGGACUUCCUGCUGGACUCCAGCCUGCGUAAGGUCUACGGUCAAUCUGCAGGAGAGAGGCAUGACUAAUAAGCACCACGACCACCCUGCAGCCUGGUCCUAGUGUCCCUGGACCGGGACAGGUUAGCUCCACCAGGAAAUUGACCCCACCCACCCUCUGUCCCAGACAGCACUUCCUCCCAAGCCAUCUGAAAACUCUGCUGAUCACUCUACUGUAACAUCACUGUGAAGCAUAAAGCCAAUACAGCAGGGUUACUCCACUCCAGUCCUCCAGGGCCACUACUGUCUGCCACUUGUCUAUGCCCCUCUGUUUAUUCCCAUCUUUUCAUUUUAAACUCCAAGUUAGGGGGACCUAUGUUUCUUUGGCCAGUCAAUGACUUAGAAUCAGGGAGAAAAGGGAUCCAACAGACAGUGUUGCCCUCCAGCACUGGAGUUGAAUACCUGUGGCUGCUACUGGCCUGCAGAGCCCACCUGUUAAUUUUCAGACCUCCACUUGGCUUGUAUCCAGGUAACUCUUGAUGUUAGCCAUAUUUGGGAAUAUUCGGGUCACUGUCCUUAGACCUGGCAUUAAGGACCUAUUUUCAUUACAUGUUAACAUUACCGUUGUUUUUGUUUAUUUCUGCCUCAAAAAUAAUGUCUUGUACGGUUGUCUGUCACUUUGAAUAGAUAUGUACAGAGUAUAUUGUGAUGCACUUUUCAAUGUUCAGUCUUGAGAUUAACCUGAGUGCUUCUUGUCAUUUAUUACAGAGGUGAACCGAAUAGAUGUAAGAAUUCUUGAGGUUUUGGUUGGCUCUAAAGAUUCAGUUACUUUGGUAGCAUCUAAGGCAUAGAAAGUACUGUAAUAGUUGUGUAACAUGCCCUAUGCAGAAAGCAUAUGAAGGGAAUAUGCAUAAAAUACUGUAAUUAUUGACAAAGAUUUAGGCUACUCUGGAAGAGAACCCAUCAGUAUACAAAGCUGUGCUGCAAUAUGCAAGGAAUCUUGAGUCAUCUUAUUCAAAAAUGGGAAAUGCUAUUGGAAUAUGUAAAUCAGGGCGCUCCAAUUCUGUUCCUGAAGAGCUACUGUUGUGUAUGUUUUUGUUCCAACUCUAAUCUAGCGCACCUGAUUCUAAUAAUUAGCUGGUUGAUAAGCUGAAUCAACUGGGGUUGGUUUUAAAACAGGUUGGAGAGCCCUGAUGUAAAUGAAUGUGAUAUACUGAAUUGGGAAAUGUUGCCAAUUGUUCAUACACCAGAACAAAUAUUUAGCAAUAAUUUUCAUUUAUCUUCUCAGUUAUAAGUCAACUUCUGUAUUUUUAAUAUAUUGAUUACUUAAAAAUGUUUUGUCACCAAAAAGCAACAUUUUUGUGAUAGUUUGAAUGUUUUUUUCUAAUUAUUUCCCCACAGUCACAUAAUAAAUUUCAUAUUUCGAUAUCAAUAUAUUUUCAUGCUGGAAACAAGGGAAUGUUUAACUGUUGUUCAUUUCAUAAUAUGUUUGUUUUAGCCUUAAAAUUCAAAUAUGUUUUCAAACCUACUACUGAUGUACAUUUAUAUUUUCUUUUAGUUGUCAGAGAAAUUGAAAAAAAUGUUCUUUGACAAAAUAAUUUAUCAUCGAAAGUGAAAGUAAUACUGCAAUGGGCAGCUAUUUAGCUAUCCCCUACUCUGAAACUGUUUAAAAAUAUAUACUGUCGAAAAACAAUA